UCGACGCGUCGACCUCUCGUCCGGCAGUCUCUCCUCUCGCAAUUGCAUUGGGAGGAGAUUGAUCAUUGCCUCUACAUCUGAUCCUAUCUUUCUUUAACUUUAUACGUGUGUGAAUCAUCAACGAAAGUUCAGAGAUACACCCGCGUUAUCAGGGUUGUUCGACCGACACAGAAGGCGCUGGCUUGCAGCGAACAGCUCGUAACUCGACGCUGACUACUGAAAACUGUAACCAUGAGUUAUCAAAUGCCAAGUAAUCAAACUAGACCAAUGUCGCACGGCAACUAUCAACCUCAAGGUCCGGGCGAUCUGCCAAUGCCAUCGAGCAAAGAGCAGACUCUUAUGUGGCAGCAAAACUCCUAUAUGGGUGAUUCAGGUAUUCACUCGGGCGCCGCCACCACCGCGCCAUCGCUUAGCGGCAAGGACGACGAGGAGAUCGAAGGUGAUCAACUCAUGUUCGAUCUCGAUCAGGGAUUUGCCCAGGGCUUUACCCAGGAUCAAGUUGAUGAGAUGAACGACCAGUUGAGCCACACACGUUCACAGCGUGUGCGCGCGGCUAUGUUCCCGGAGACGCUGGAAGAGGGUAUUGAGAUUCCAUCGACGCAGUUUGAUCCGGCUCAGCCGACCGCAGUGCAGCGUCUCACUGAGCCCAGUCAGAUGCUUAAACAUGCUGUGGUCAAUUUAAUCAACUACCAAGAUGAUGCUGAUCUCGCUACUCGCGCUGUCCCAGAACUCAUCAAGCUGCUCAACGACGAAGACCAGGUGGUUGUAUCUCAAGCAGCUAUGGUCGUUCAUCAACUAUCUAAGAAAGAGGCCUCCAGGCAUGCCAUCAUGAACAGCUUACAAAUGGUUGAGACGCUUGUCCAAGCCAUCUCAAAUAGCGAGGAUCUCGAGUCUACCAAGGCUGCAGUUGGUACCUUGCAUAACUUGUCUCAUCAUAGACAAGGUCUUCUGGCGAUAUUCAAGAGUGGCGGUAUACCGGCUCUCGUAAAGCUUCUUAGCUCGAAUAUUGAGUCGGUGUUGUUCUAUGCUAUCACAACUCUGCACAAUCUGUUGCUCCAUCAAGACGGUUCGAAAAUGGCCGUUCGAUUGGCUGGUGGUUUGCAACGCAUGGUUCUGCUGCUUCAGCGUAACAACGUCAAGUUUUUAGCUAUUGUUACCGACUGUUUGCAAAUUCUUGCUUAUGGUAACCAAGAAAGCAAGCUUAUUAUUUUAGCAUCACAGGGUCCAGCAGAACUUGUACGUAUUAUGCGUACCUACGAUUAUGAGAAGCUACUUUGGACUACCUCCAGAGUGCUCAAAGUUUUAUCAGUAUGCGCAAGCAACAAGCCAGCGAUUGUGGAAGCUGGAGGCAUGCAGGCACUAGCAAUGCAUCUCGGUAAUCCGAGUCAACGCCUUGUCCAGAAUUGCCUAUGGACCUUGCGAAACUUGUCGGAUGCUGGCACAAAGGUCGAUGGCCUCGAGGGCUUACUCCAAAGUCUUGUUCAAGUGUUGGCCUCGAGCGACGUGAACGUUGUUACUUGUGCCGCGGGCAUCCUCUCUAACUUGACCUGUAACAAUCAACGCAAUAAGGUAACCGUUUGCCAGGUGGGUGGUGUAGAUGCUCUUGUACGCACUAUCAUGAAUGCUGGUGAUCGCGAGGAGAUCACUGAGCCGGCUGUCUGCGCUUUGAGACAUCUCACCUCUCGGCACGUCGAGGCCGAGAUGGCACAAAAUGCCGUACGCGGCAACUAUGGCAUACCUGUGAUUGUCAAGUUACUGCAGCCACCAUCGCGUUGGCCCCUUAUCAAGGCGGUUAUCGGUCUUAUAAGAAAUCUUGCCCUUUGUCCAGCUAAUUAUACACCGCUUAGAGAAAACGGUGCAAUUCAUCAUUUAGUUCGGUUGCUUAUGCGCGCAUUCAAUGAUACUCAGAGGCAAAGAUCUUCAGUGACCAAUAUUGGUAGUGGACCCGCAUCUGGGGCCUAUGCAGAUGGAGUGCGUAUGGAGGAAAUUGUGGAAGGUACCGUAGGCGCUCUACAUAUUCUUGCUCGCGAGUCUCAUAAUAGGGCUCUGAUUCGAUCGCAACUUGUUAUACCCAUAUUUGUACAGCUACUAUUUAAUGAAAUCGAAAACAUUCAACGCGUGGCCGCGGGAGUUUUGUGCGAGCUGGCCGCUGACAAGGAAGGUGCUGAAAUGAUCGAGCAGGAAGGUGCAACGGCACCUUUAACUGAGCUUUUGCACUCGCGCAAUGAGGGUGUGGCUACUUAUGCCGCUGCUGUUCUGUUCCGUAUGAGCGAAGACAAACCUCAAGACUAUAAGAAACGACUUUCCGUUGAGCUUACCAACUCGCUGUUGCGUGAGGAUCCCAAUCUUUGGAAUAACCCAGAAUUUGGCUUAGGUCCAGAUCUCCAGGACGUACUCGGUACUGAACAAUCGUAUGACGGUAUGUAUGGACAAGGACCUCCUAGUAUACAUAGCAGUCACGGUGGAGGCCGCAUAUAUCAACCCCAAGGUUAUGACCAGAUACCAGUAGAUUCCAUGCAGGGCUUGGAGAUUGGCGGCAACGACUCGACGUACGGGCCGCUAGACGCGAUGGAUGUGGCGCACGAGGGUGAUUUGAGUUUUGACAACCUAAGCGAGCUGCCAUCCGAUCAGGCGCCACCUCAAGAUCAUGGCUCUAUCGCUGCCGCGUGGUACGACACGGAUCUCUGAAGUUAUUUUAUAUGUGUAAUGAAGAGAUUUUUUUAUUGUUGAUUUUUUAUUCAUAUAAAUGUCGUUUUCAACUGUAUCUUUUGCUCAAUUGAAACUGUCGGUGUAACGAUAAUUCAUCUAAUCUCAAUGUUUUUACUGUACAUCAUUUGUAAAAUGCUAAAUAAUAGGUAGAAAUGUGAGAUCCAGUCUCAUUUUGGUCUUCUGACACUAAACAAAUGGACAAUGGGGGAAAGAAAGAAUGCGGCAAAACUGUCACCACUCAACGCAAACCUCUUUGUUGUCAACUUUGUAACUAAAAUCUAUUAUUUUUACGAAAAAGAUUGUUUAAAAGUUAGGGUUUCGUUCAUCGCACACACGGACGCACACAUACACACACACACACGCGCGCGCGCGCACGCGCACACAACACAAGCAAUCGUUCAACAGUUGGUAUUGCUCUGAAAAAUUUCGUUAUUCGUUUUUAAUGUUGAUUUGAUAUUAUGAUCAUUUGAUAUUCGUAUUAGGUUUUUUUUAUAGAAAAUUUCAAUCGCAAGGUAAAAAUAAGUUAUAUUUUCGUGUUUUUGCGAAUUUUAGUAAUAAAUACAAUAAAAAAUCUUCGCUCUUCAUAGUUUGAAUAAUACAAUUUUUUAAAGAACGAAAAUGAGAUUCAACCCUUCAUUAGAAUAAAUUAGAGUCACUAACUAAUUCACUGGUCGGUUGUUCGUUUUUUAAAAUAUUUUAUUAUUUAAUUAUAAGUAUUGAUUAAAAUGUUUUAGUAUUUCUUAUUUUUGUAUUACAAUAUUUAGAAUUUCUUUUAUAGUCCUUACUAGGUAUAUAAGCUGAUUACUCUAUUAUUACUAACGUAAGAAUCAUUGUCAGAUAUCUUGUACAACAAAUUAAGAAAACUUUACGGCUUCUUCUGCAUAUCAUUGUUUUACAUCAAUCUUUAUAAUGAAAGUUCGUAUCAAAAAACGUAUGCAUUUUGUGAGCUCAUGACCGAUCAUCAGCAAAUAUGAAAAUGAUUUUUGAUACAAAUGAAUAAAACUAAAACCCAAAUCAUUAUCGCAUCGAAAAAAGUUCUAAAAUGUAUCAUAAUUAUAAAGACAUUACAUUUGCUUAAGUAUUUUAUUUUAAUUAUGAUAUGCUAUCAAAAAUAUGCAGAGGGCACAAAUACAAAUUGUGUGUUACAAGACUAAUUAUUUAAAUUACGAACGCGAUUAUUAUGCAUAUACAAAUGCAAUGUAGACAUGAUUAUAUCGAUAUUUAUUAUACAAGUAAAUAAAACUACAAAGAAACCACGAGUAUAACAGGCAUUAUGUAUAUAUAAAUUUUUUUUAACAACAAUUUGUUCUUAGCUAUUUGUUUUUUACGAAAAAUAAUU